ACCUCGCCUGGCGCCCAACCCAUCAAGUCAACCAGCACCCAGCAACAUCUGCAGCAGCAACAUGAAGUUCUUGUGCGUGUUCGUCGUCCUGGCCAUUUGCUUCAUGAGCACCUGGGCAGCAGUUUCGGAGCCCGCUCCUGAAGCCCUGGAAGCGGAGCCAUCCGCCGUCGAUGAGAAGAAGACGGAGAAGAGGGGCAUCUACGGGUUUGGUCACGGCUACGGCGGCUACGGCGGAUACGGCGGGUACGGUGCCUAUGGACACGGCCACUACGGCGGCUACGGCGGACUGAGCAGUCCCUACUACGGCGGCUACGGAUACGUCCAUGCGACGCCCUACUACGGCGGACACCACGGCUACUAUCCGUACCACCAUGGCCACUACGGCUUCUACUAGGCCCAGCACCCAUCCAUGAUCGUAAUGCAUACUGUUUUUUUUUUGUCGAUCGCUUCAUGCUCAUCACUGCACCAUCAUUCGUAUAAUAUGUAUGUACUGGUUUUGCCCAAUCAUUCACUUCAAUAUAAAUGUACUGCAAAUAGCUAAUACAUA